AUGCCAGAAAAUCACAUUCCUGCUUGGAAAAGAAUUGCUUUAAAAAAUCAGACUUCGAAAAGCGAAGACAAUAUUAGUAAGCAAACUCAAUCCAACAUAAUAGAUGAUGAUCCAUUGAACAUUACAACACAUCUAUCCACUGGUAACUUAACGAAAAAGGAGAAAAAAAGAAUCAUUAAUGGUGAAAAAAAGUCUACUAAGAAAGAAAAACGUGUGUCGAAACCAGGCACCAAGAAGAAGGAAAAAUUAUCUAAAGAGGAAAAGGAUUCAAAGAAAAAUAGAAUUCUUAAAGAUCAACUACGUUACCUCAUAGAUUUUUUCAAAACAAAGUCAGAAAGUAAGUUUCCAGCUCCCAUUUUAGAAUUGGAGAGUGUAAAAGAAAAUUAUGGUAACUCAUUGACUAAAGAUGAGUCGGUAGAUUCUGGUGUUGUUGAAGUUUGGAAAUUUUCCAAGCAAAAGCAGAAUUGGCUUAUUAAACAUUUCUUCAACCUGGAUGAAAUUCCAUCAAUAUAUAAUGACCUUUUGCUUUUAUAUUUCAAAGAUUUGCAAGGUAAAUCAAAGGAUGAACUAAUAUCAAAAUGUCAAGAUAAACUGAAACAAUGGAAUGAUUACGCGGAAGAUCAAGAAGCAAAAAUAAAAGCGUUAAUUGAAGGCGAAAAUGCUAGUGAACCAGUUAAUUAUGAAGAGACGGAAAAAGGUAAAAAUGAGAGUGGUGCUGUAGAAAAGGUGCCCAAAGAGCUACUAAUGCCGAACAAAGAACUUGUUCAAAGAAGCCUAAAAUUACUAGAAAUUUGGAACAAUGAGGACUCGAGGCCGAUUUUGGAACUAAAAAACUUUUCCGUUGAUGUUUAA